AUGUCUGAUUUAAAAGAACAACAUAUCGCUGAUCAAGAGUCUGUCAGUGAUCAGAUUGAACUCCAAGGUCACAUCUUAGAAAAGGGUGACAUUGAUGAAUACCUUUACUUUGACAAACCAUGGUACAAGUACAAGCAUUUCCUUAUUUUACAUUUUUACGUUUUUAUUAUCAGUUUAACUUCUACCAUUAGUGGUUAUGAUGGUUCUAUGUUGAAUGGUUUACAAAUUUUAGAAGACUGGAAUGAUGCUAUGGGUCACCCUGAAGGUGCUGUCUUAGGUGCUUUAGCUAACGGUAGUGUUUUUGGUGGUAUUAUUUCUUUUAUUUUUGCUUCUUGGUUUUCUGAUAAGUUCGGUAGAAAGACUUCUAUCUACGUUGGUCAAUCUUUCACUAUCUUAGGUGCUAUUUUACAAGGUGUUUCCACUAACUAUACUUUCUUCAUUUGGUCCAGAAUUAUCUUAGGUAUGGGUUUCGGUCUUUCUACCGUUUCUUCCCCAACUUUGAUUUCCGAAUUAUCUUAUCCAAAGUUCAGAGAAACCUGUACUGCCAUAUAUGCCUCUUUCUGGUAUUUCGGUGCUAUUAUUGCUGCUUGGGUUACUUUCGGUACUCAACCAAUUCCAAGUUCUUAUGCUUGGAGAAUCCCAUCUUACUUACAAGGUGCUUUACCAGUUGUUCAAGUCUUGAUUUUCUGGUUGAUUCCAGAAUCCCCAAGAUUCUUAAUCUCCAAGGGUAAGGAAGACAAGGCUAGAAAUAUCUUAAUGAAAUACCACUGUGGUAACGAUGGAACAGAACAAGCCCACAAAUUAGUUGAAUUUGAAGUUAAGGAAAUUAAGGCUGCUUUAGAAUUAGAAGAAAUUUGUGCAACCUCUUCUUUCUUUGACUUUGUUAAGAUUCCAACUUACAGAAAAAGAUUAUUCAUCUUGCUUUUCACGGGUGUUAUUAUGCAAUUAUCUGGUAAUGGUUUAGUUUCCUACUAUUUCACUAAGGUUUUAGAUACCAUUGGUAUUACUGACGCAAGGAAGCAAUUAGAAAUUAAUGGUUGUUUGAUGAUCUAUAACUUGAUUAUCUCUUGGAUUGCUGCUUCCAUCUGUCAAUACUUCAGAAGAAGAACUUUAUUCUUACUCUGUAUCGGCGGUAUGUUCAUUUCUUUCGUUAUCUGGACUAUCUUAUCUGCCAGAUUCGCUUUAGGUGGUUUCCAAGACACUGGUUUAGCUAACGGUGUCUUAGCUAUGAUCUUCCUUUUCUACGGUGCUUACGAUUUAGGUGCUAAUGGUUUACCAAUGUUAUAUGUUACUGAAAUCUUACCAUACUCCCAUAGAGCCAAGGGUAUUAAUAUUUUCUUCCUUGCCAACAACGUUAUUGUCCUUUUCAAUGGUUUCGUUAACCCAAUUGCUAUGGAUGCAAUUGAAUGGAAGUACUACAUUGUCUACUGUUGCGUCCUUGCUGUUGAAUUAGUCUUAGUUUACUUAUUAUACCCUGAAACUUCUGGUUACACCUUAGAAGAAGUUGCUAAGGUUUUCGGUGAUGAUCCAGAAACUUCUUUAACCCAUCUUUCUUCUGCUCCACAAAAGAUGGUUGUUGAACAAGUUGAACACAGCACUGAUAAAUUUGUUUAG